AUGUCAUCUGACUUUGCCGAUUAUUCUGUUAAAAAUUAUUACUCCAUUCGAAAAAAUAAUCCAUUACUUCCUUCUUCAAUAAGAGCUUGCAUCAUAGGAAAAUCAGGAUGUGGUAAAACCAAUUUGCUGAUGAAUUUACUAUUGGAUAAAUUUGAAGGAGAUGAUUAUUUAGACUAUGACAACUUGUAUAUAUUUUCAACUACACUUUUUCAGCCCUGUUAUCAAGCACUUAUAAAUGGUUUUGAAAAUGGGUUGAGUAAAAAGGAUAUUAGAGAAUGCUUUAAGAAUCAGAAUUUUAUGGUUGAGAAAAAAGAUAAACAAGAAAUAACUAUUUGUACUUCAGAUAGUUUAGAUGAUAUUCCUGAUCCUUGUUCUAUUGAUCCUAAUAAAAAGACUUUAAUAAUAUUUGAUGACUUGAUGUUAGAAAAGCAAAAUAAAAUAGAACAGUACUACACUAGAGGUAGACAUAAUAACAUUGAUUGUUUUUACAUUUCUCAAAGCUAUAUUAAACUUCCUAAGAAUACUAUCAGAGAGAAUGCUAAUUUUUUUAUAGUGUUUCCUCAAGACAAGUUAAACUUGGAUUAUAUUUACAGAGAUCAUUGUAGUGAAUUAGAUAAAGAAAGAUUUUUAGAGAUGUCUUCAGAGAUGUGGAAGGAUCAGUAUUCUUUUUUGACUAUUGAUAAGACUAGUGAACUUCUUAUGAUUGAACAUAGUGUGUUGGAGGAUAAUUAUGACAUCGUAACCAAUGAGAAUGAGGAAUUGAAGAAAAUUGUAGUAUCAUAUGAACAGAAGGAAGAUAGAGAAGAAGAUAUGAGAAUACUGGAAGCAAAGACCGAAGAAGCAAAAAAGCAGGUACUAGCAUUUAAAAGAAGUAAUAUAACCUACGCCGAUUUAUUUAAAAAAAAGAUUUAA